ACAUCCAUUAAUAUACCUCGAUAGAUCAUUCUAGUUCAUUGACUUCGGAAUAAGUAGCUUUCUUGAUACGUCUGCGUUUUGUUUUCUGCGGAUGAGCUGUGGCUGUAUAGGAAGCCGUUAUCGAUAAAAAGGUGAAAUGGCGCCGAGUUGGGAGAGGAUUCUGAUUGUAUUUGUCAUUUGUUGCUACAACGUUGUCGUAGGAAUAUAUGUCUCUCCUAUUUUCGACAUUUACGAACAAUGGGGAUCGUGGGGUGAAUGUUCGCCACCAUGUGGCGUUGGAUUGAGAUUUCGAUACCGGAACUGUAAAGACUGGAAUAGUUAUCCCUGUACGGAUGUGUGGCAAGCCAAAGCCUGUCGGGUGAAAGUCUGUCCAGUCCACGGGAAAUGGUCUUCUUGGAAUUCCUGGACCCGUUGUCCAGUAACAUGUGGUAGUGGUGUCCAAUCGCGAACACGUGAAUGUACAAACCCAGCACCAGCUAAUGGUGGACGUAACUGCGAGGGACCUAGUUCAGAAACACAAAUAUGUGCCACAAAUGCGUGCCCGGUUAAUGGGAAUUGGACAGCAUGGAGUUCAUGGGACUCGUGUUCUGCUACGUGUGGUGGAGGCAGCCAAUCACGAACACGCGCGUGUACAAACCCAGCACCUUCCAAUGGUGGAUGUAACUGUGAGGGACCUAGUUCAGAAACACAAGUUUGUGCCACAAAUGCAUGCCCAGUUAAUGGGAAAUGGUCUUCUUGGAAUUCCUGGACCCGUUGUCCAGUAACAUGUGGUAGUGGUGUCCAAUCGCGAACACGUGACUGUGGACGUAACUUUGGACGUAACUGUGAGGGACCUAGUUCAGAAACACAAAUUUGUGCCACAAAUGCAUGCCCCGUUAAUGGGAAUUGGACAGCAUGGAGUUCAUGGGACUCAUGUUCUGCCACGUGUGGUGGAGGCAGCCAAUCGCGAACACGCGAAUGUACAAACCCAGCACCAGUCAAUGGUGGACGUAACUGCGAGGGACCUAGUUCAGAAACACAAAUUUGUGCCACAAAUGCAUGUCCAGUUAAUGGCAAUUGGACAGCAUGGAGUUCAUGGGACUCGUGUUCUGCCACGUGUGGUGGAGGCAGCCAAUCGCGAACACGCGAAUGUACAAACCUAGCACCAGUCAAUGGUGGAAGUAACUGCGAGGGACCUAGUUCAGAAACACAAAUAUGUGCCACAAAUGCAUGCCCAGUUAAUGGGAAUUGGACAGCAUGGAGUUCAUGGGACUCGUGUUCUGUGUCGUGUGGUGGAGGAAACCAAAGAAGAACGCGCACGUGUACAAAUCCAGCACCAGCCAAUGGUGGACAAAGCUGUGAGGGACCCAGUUUACAGACACGAAUAUGUGCAACCGAUACAUGCCCACCACCAGUUUGUCAGGUAGGUCAGACGGUGACAGAUAGAUGUGGUCAGCGGUGUGUCUGUGGUGCGGGUGGUAACUUGACUCAGUGUACUCGUAUCAGAAAAGAGUUUACCUCCAUGACGACAGCUGAACGUCAACGAUACAUAAGUGUCAUUAAAACAGCCUCUACUGAUCCAAGAUACAAGAGCCGGUACGACACACUCCUCACUCUUCACAAGACUUUAUUUAAUAACGGUGAUACUCAUCAUAACAGAAAUAACUUCUUACCAUGGCAUCGGUGGUACGAUCUCGAGUAUGAAAACCUACUCAGAGAGGUUGACUGUCAAUUCACGGUGGCUUACUGGGACUGGGUUGCUGUUUCCGAGAAUCCCUGGAACACAAGAGCACGAGCCCUUUGGUAUUCGGGAAACAGUGGUAUGGGAGGAAACGGCGUACAACCCAACCAGUGUGUAAACACAGGGCCUUUCAGGGAGGGAAUCUGGCAGCUGAUUCCAUCCGUCAAUACUCUACCUCGAUGCUUGAGAAGAAACUUCAAUAAAAACCCGCCUAAUGCUGUUGAGCUGGAAGCCUUGUUGAACAUCUCCCCGGAAAGGUUUGAGGGUUUUGAAUACAAACUGAGAUAUAAUUUCACCCACGAACUUCAAUGCAUGAUUGGAGGCACAAUGUGUUCGCGCGAUGCUGCAUCUGCUCCUGAGUUCUUCUUGCUACAAGCGAUGAUCGAUAAGAUUUGGGAAGACUGGCAAAGUAAGAGCAAUUUCCACAGGACGGUGUUCUUCGCAAACUUGACCACUAGCCUACCAGGAACAAACAACAUCUUGCCCCGUCAGUUAAUCGAUAACAAAGCAUUACCAGGAGGAGUGAGGGUCGAGUACGCACCGUAUAACGCUGGACUUAACGAUAUGGCAUACAGUGAAGAUGAAAGAAACACUAGAGCAGUUUUUACGACGAUGGCCAAGGGACUGGUUAGUGGUCUUAUUUUGCUAUGCUUCAUUUGCUGUCAGUCAGUGGUUUCGGGUCAAGAACAGCUGUAUCGGCAGUGGGGAGCUUGGAGCUCGUGUUCAGAACAAUGUGGUGGUGGAUACAGAUGGAGGUUUCGUGAAUGCGUUGAUUGGGAUAACUGGAAUUGCUGGGAUAUCUGGCAAACCGAGGCUUGUAACACACAAAGUUGUGGAGUUGUGAAUGGUAACUGGACAGCAUGGAGUUCGUGGAGCUCGUGUUCUGUGUCGUGUGGUGGAGGCAGCCAAUCACGAACACGUACGUGUACAAACCCAGCACCAGCCAAUGGCGGAAGUAACUGCGACGGACCUAGUUCAGAAACCCAAGCAUGUUCUCAAACCACUUGUCCUACUCCAAUACAUGGUAAUUGGACAGAAUGGAGUUCAUGGAGCUCGUGUUCUGUGUCGUGUGGUGGAGGCAGCCAAUCACGAACACGCACGUGUACAAACCCACCACCAUCCAAUGGCGGAAGUAAUUGCGACGGACCUAGUUCAGAAACCCAAGAAUGUGGAACUAUUACUUGUCCACCUCGUUGUCAAGUAGGCCAGACGGUGACAGACAGUUGUAGUCAGCGGUGUGUCUGUGGUGCGGGUGGUACCUUGACUCAGUGUACUCGUAUCAGAAAAGAGUUUACCUCCAUGACGACAGCUGAACGUGAACGACACAUAAGUGUUAUUAAAACAGCAUCUACUGAUCCAAGAUACAAGCCCCGGUACGAUGCACUCAUCACUAUGCACAAGGAAAUAUUCUUUAAUAACGGUAUCCAUGAGCAAGAACACUUCUUAACCUGGCAUCGUUGGUACAUCCUCACCUAUGAAAACCUACUCAGAGAGGUUGACUGCAACUUUACUGUAGCUUACUGGGACUGGGCUGCUGCUGCAGGGAGACCGUGGGCCACAGGGGCGCAAGAUGUCUGGUAUUCAGGGGACAGUGGUUUUGGAGGUAAUGGUGUAGCUCCCGAAGAGUGCGUGAACACUGGACCAUUCAGGCAAGGAGUCUGGAGCUUGGUACCCCCAGUAUUAACACCCCCUAAUUGUCUUAAGAGAGGAUUUAAUGACAACCCAGAAGGGACCGUUGAGAUUCAAAUCUUGCUGAAUACUGCGGCUGAAGACUUUGUUGAUUUUGAGUUAGCGCUGCGAGGACGGUUCCACGACACUGUGCACUGUUUGAUAGGAGGCACAAUGUGUGAGCAGGAUUCCGCUGCCGCUCCUGAGUUCUUCUUGCACCACGGAUUCAUCGAUAAGAUCUGGGAAGACUGGCAAAAACGAAGUGCAGCCCACCGCAACGUGUAUUUCUCUAACCUAAAUGAAGCACUUCCAAGAUCCAGCGGUGUCCUUCCUCGAGAGGUACUCGACAAUACAGCGUUACCCGGAGGAGUGAGGGCCGAGUAUCAACCAAUACAAAACAGUGAACUUGCUAACGUCAUCAGCAGACUGAGAAGUCUGCCAACUGCACGACUUCAGGCGAUUCCACGUAUUGGUGCUAGUCCUAUAAGCGAGAAGACUAAAGAACUGUUCCGUUUGAAAGCUGCGGAACAAAAAAGGCUGGAAGAGCUGGAGAGCAGGUUUCAACCAAGGGUCAGAAGUCGAUCGUCAAGUAGAUCUGGAAUAGCGGGGAAACUUGGUUUUGAUCCCAGAGUCUUAGACUCCGUAGCGAAAUGAGGAUAAGCGACCAAGGGUUUUAUCUUAGUACCUCAGUCGUAAUAAAACAACUCACUGAGCUGAAAGAAAUUCUUUGAAUAAAAAUUAACUGAAGAA